AUGACUGCGGCCUGGGGUCAGAAGCAGCUCGGUGAUAAAUCAAGCAAUAUGUUCGGCGGUAGAAAAGUGUUCCCUUUAAUGCUGCUUCUGGCGGGUUUGUUUUGUGUAUUCGCUGAUGACGAUUGCGACGACUUGGGAGAAGAGUCCUUAUCAGAUGAAGAAGAAUUUGAAAUUAGCAAAUUAAAUCGAAGCUGCCCAAUUAACAAUCAGAUCUCAAAUGAUGCUAUCGAUGAACUGAGAAAGAAAAAUAAAAUGUUGCAGGCUAGAGUUGAGAUUACAGAAAAUGAAUUAGAGAAUUUGACAUUGGAAAAUUCUGCUCUUGCUAAGAAACUAUCCGAGUAUGAAUUAAAGAUAAAACAAUUAACAGAGAUUUGUAAAUCUCCAAAAUUAACUACAGACAAGUACAAGAAAAUAUACGCUAAUACUACCACAAUGUCAACGCCUAGUAAAUGUGCACAAAAUUCUAAAAUUGCUUUCCACCACAAACCAUCAUCAUCAUCACUACUAAGUGGAGUUUUAACAAAAUCAACCCACAAUAUUAUUUCAAGGGAUACAUUGGAAGAUAAGACAAAUAAUUUAGUAGGCGAUGUGUGUAGAUGGAAGAGAAAAUAUAGCAGUACAGCGAUUGUAAAACAUAAUGUGCUCUUAUUGGCUGAUGAGAGGGGACGAAACAUGCGAGAUAUGAUGGAAAAGCGUCUCGGCAAGAAUAUAAUGUAA